ACGCGUACAGACUAAAACCCAUACAAAAUCAACGUUUUUAAAAGCGGCUCUAGUAUAAGGUUUAUGGGGGGUAUUUUUUGUCUGUGAUAAGUUGAAUAACAGUACAACACAAAAAGGCAUUGCACAUUGUUAUACGCCGACACCAUAAGCGACUAGGCCUAAUUGCGGCUGCUGAACUGAUGAGAGGAUUUCACAUUGCGGAACUCCGAUAAUGGGAUGGGUGUCCCUUUUCAAGGCCCUUCUGGCCCGGUCUCUCUUCGCAAUCCACGGCAUCAUCACCGUGUGGCGAGUUACGGACAUCAAUUUGGACCCCUUGUACUAUUUGCUGAUCAUUCCGGUUUGUCUUCUACCAUUGGAGAUGAUACUGACGCUAAAAUUAACGGACGACGGAGAGUGGAAAUGGUUUUGUCCAAGUGUGUUCCUGUAUCUGAGCAGCGUUGUGCCUGGAAUUUGGUUUCUGAACUUCGACAUUUACGAAAAGAGGAUUGAGUAUAGAGACUCGAUGGGCUGGGAAGAUUGUUCAACGGACACCGCUUAUAAUGAAUCUUUAGUCAGUGCUGACGUAGCUGGGUUCCAGGUUGUAGUUCCACUUGCCUUGUCAGACGAUUCAUGGAGCUUGGCCCUGGAGCAAUUCCUUCUUGCUCUUCUUCUCCUGGGAAGAUGGCUCCUCCCCAAGGGCGCCCUCACACGUGACCAGCUCUCACAACUCCUCCUUGUGUACAUCGGCAUGGCGGCUGACAUUUUGGAGUUUUCCUUGGAGACAUUGAAGGAGCAAGCGGUCAUCUGUAACCUUUUCUUGAUUAUUUUGAUCCUGGGUCUAUGGAGCUGGAGCUUGCUUCAGUUCACCCUGGUCCUCACCUCUGUGUCUGCCCCGAGAGCCAGGGCAGCUAAGAUCUCUGGGGGCAAAUCUUGCAAGGGAUGCUUGGGAUGUUGCGAGAAUGAAAUCUGGGCUCUAUGGAUCACCAUCUUAAUGCAAGACGGGCCGUUCUUGGCUAUGAGGCUCUACCUUUUGAUUGAGUUCAAUAUCAUCAAUCAGAUGAUGUUGUUCUUUACCCUCAAGAACAUCUUAGUAAUUAUUUUGCAGUUGUAUCGAAUGAUCAUCGUACGAUGUGGAGACACUAACGCUGUAGAACCACUGCAAAAUGAACUUUAAUGAGUGUUCAGCUCAUGUUUCCCCAAUGCAUGGAAUUCAAUUUAAAACUGACGCUCAGUUACCUCCUCACAACUUUACCCAAUAGGAGACUUUUGGGACGCUUGGUGGCAGCAGCCCUACCAGGUAAAUUCCAUUGUUCUCGGUAAUGUGCGC